AUGGGCGUGGCCUAUCCCAUUAACCCCCGGGUGGGCGUGGCCAAUCGGGAUCGGGGGGCGGGGCACCCCGCGGGGGGCGUGGCCCAGGUGAGUGGGCGGGGCAGGCGCUGGGGCUCGGCCCCUGGGGGGCGCUGGGGCUGCGGGCGCUGGGCGCCGCCGCCCUGGGGCUGGGGGCGCUGCGGCUGCUGGUGCCCCUCCUGCCGCCCCCCUGAGCGCACCUGGGCGCACCUGGGCACACCUGGAUACACCUGGAUGGACGUGGAUGGACGUGGAACACACCUGGAUGGACAUGGGCACACCUGGGUACACCUGGAUGGGCGUGGACACACCUGGAGGGGUCACCUGUGCAGUUCCGGGGGUACCAGGUGUGCCCACGCCCCUCCUGCCGCCCCCCUGAGCGCGCCCGGGCACACCUGGGCGCACCUGGAUGGACGUGGGCACACCUGGAUGGACAUGGGCACACCUGGAGCGCACCUGGAUACACCUGGAUGGACGUGGAACGCACCUGGAUGGACAUGGGCACACCUGGAUACACCUGGAUGGGCGUGGAACGCACCUGGAUGGACGUGGACACACCUGGAGCACACCUGGAUACACCUGGAUGGACGUGGAACGCACCUGGAUGGACAUGGGCACACCUGGAUACACCUGGAUGGACAUGGGCACACCUGGAGGGGUCACCUGUGCGGUUCCGGGGGUGCCAGGUGUGCCCACGCCCCUCCUGCUGCCCCCCUGAGCGCACCUGGGCGCACCUGGAUACACCUGGAUGGACGUGGAACGCACCUGGAUGGACAUGGGCACACCUGGAUACACCUGGAUGGACGUGGAUGGACGUGGAACACGCCCCUCCUGACCCCGCCCUGGGCGCACCUGGAUGGACGUGGGCACACCUGGAUACACCUGGAUGGGCGUGGACACACCUGGAGGGGUCACCUGUGCGGUUCCAGGGCUGCCAGGUGUGCCCACGCCCCUCCUGCUGCCCCCCUGAGCGCACCUGGGCGCACCUGGAUACACCUGGAUGGACGUGGAACACACCUGGAGCACACCUGGGCGCACCUGGAUGGACGUGGGCACACCUGGAGCGCACCUGGAUACACCUGGAUGGACGUGGAACGCACCUGGAUGGACGUGGACACACCUGGAGGGGUCACCUGUGCGGUUCCGGGGGUGCCAGGUGUGCCCACGCCCCUCCUGCCGCCCCCCUGAGCGCACCUGGGCGCACCUGGGCGCACCUGGAUAGACAUGGACACACCUGGAGCACACCUGGGCACACCUGGAUCACACCUGGGCUUUAUUUGGGGGGGCAGGAAUCGAGUCCAGGUGUGCCG